CGACACGUUCUUGUGGGGUACUGUUACUGUCUGACUGAUCAGUGACUACAGCUAGUGACAUGACAUCCUCUCCGAUUCUAACGCUGCAUUGCUUUAUUACAUGUUUAAACUGUAUUUGGCAUUUGUUUGUUUACCACGACGCUCCCAAACAACCGCUUCCACUCUCGUCUCUAGACACGUACAACUGACAUCUAACAAGGGGACCUCACUGGAACGCACCCACUUCAACUGUUGCGUAUGCGUAGCCGUAGACACUAUUUGCAAAACAAUCAACACAAUUUUUUUGUGUACACCUCUCAAAUGUCACAUGCUUUUGAAUAGUUAGAUUGUAGUUAGUUGCAGUUGAUUGUGUUCCCAAGCUGAAACCUAAACCUAAACUAAAUUUAGAUGCUGUCGUGUGUCCCUCUAGCGGUAUGAAGCUGCCUUGCAGGCUAGGAUUCAUGCGCGCUUAGGCGGUAAUCAAGUAGAGUGAGUAACGGAUUUGUUUUUAAUUCAAUUUACUCGUCCCAAGUAUAGUUAAUCAAGAACAAGGAAGUCCUUAGUCUAUGAAAAGAACAACAAUAUACUGGCAAUAUGGUUAAACUACUUUGGAAUUCUCGAAUGGGACGUACAGGUUUACGUGAGUUUGUUGUGACAACAUUGUAACCUAAUUGUAGCAAGCGAUAUAUAAAAAAGGUAUCUACCUGCAGAAGUUGGCAUCCUUCCGCAGUCUAGGUCGAAAAGGAGUACUGAUGUUUGGAUAGUUUUGGGGUUGGAGAGACAUUUUAGUAGAGAAAGUUGCCGGCGGUUCCCCUUGUGUUUAGACUAUACGAGGAUACAGACGCAGAAAAGUCAAGAAGAUGAUCCGAGUCAUAGACCUUCACAGCAUGGACGAUCUGUUGGACACUGCACUUUUACACUCUGAAGUUUGGAUCACGAGAAGUUAAUUUGAGUAGGGCAAGGAUACUCAUGGGUUCGCUGAAGGCUCUUCAAGACUGGUGUCGGAUCGAGUGCGAGAAUUACCCCAAUGUGGACAUUAGGAACAUGUCGACGUCAUUUAGAGAUGGGUUAGCCUUUUGUGCUUUAAUCCACAAACACCGACCUGAUUUAAUAGACUUCCACUCCCUCUCCAAGGAAAACGUUUAUGAAAACAACCAUCUGGCGUUUGAAGUGGCAGCGUCGAAACUGGGCAUCCCAGCCCUGCUGGACCCUGGAGACAUGGUUGCCACGGAUGCGCCUGAUCGCCUGAGCGUCAUCACCUACCUGUCCCAGUACUACCUCGUCUUCAACAAUCUACCUCAGGCCGGUCUGACCAGGCUAAAGGUGUCAUAUGUUGGUGUUGACCCCACACACAUUUUCACGAAACAACCUGCAUUUUUUCCGGACCUUGAACCAGCCACGAGCUCAUCGGGAGGGCAGAGCGGUAAAUCUCACCAGAGCGCCGCAGCGCACCAUAGCGGUGGCAGCAGACUGACUGGGGAGUGUAUCUCCUGCAGGAAGCAUGUUCACCUGCUCCAGAGACAACUAGUGGAGGGCCAGCUGUACCACCGGGGCUGCUUCAGAUGCGGGUUGUGCAGCAGUACCUUGCUACCUGGCUCCUACAGAGAGGGUGAAGAACCUGGCUCAUUGGUCUGCUCCCAUCACUGCUCAGCCAGUCAGAGCACUCGCCCUGACCUCAGCAGACAGGAAGAGGCGGGAUCAAUGGAACACCUCCCCAAAGUAGUAACACAGGAAGUGACAUCCCAACGCGACGCAAGGUUGCCUCCUCAUGCAGAAGGCCCCCCCCGGGAGGCCGGUGCUGGGAGCACUGAUCCCUCCCCAGCACCGGGAGCCACUUCUGCCCCGCAGGGGGGUAGCAGUCGGCCGGUACCUGCCCCCAGACGCAUGCUGGACUCCUCCGCAUGCGCCCCUCGUCCUGCCCCCAGGACCCGCGCUGGUAAAGCCUUGGACAGCUCUGCUGCGGGCAUGUCAGCUGAUAAAAGAAAAUCCCCACCCAGUACUAGUUCUGCCGGGGGGAGCUGCAGACCCAAGGAUCAUCCCUGGAUGUGCUUUAGCAACCCCGGACCCUGGACCAGGCUACCGCCGGCCCCACCCCCUAACAAACCCAGCCCCUCCCGCUCCAGCUCCCUGUCACCCCUGCAUGGAACCGGGGAAUGGUUCUGGAAGAAACCGACCCCAGGAAACCCCUUUGGGGAACAUGACGACACUGACGAGGAAGGUUCCAGAACAGGUGCAGCGGGCCACGGUCAGAACUCCAUGGCAACCAGUCAGUCGUGGAGUGACGCCCGUUCUUUAGCUAAAGCAGCUAAGGGCAGUGACUCAGCAAACGCUGGUCCCGUAAGCCGCGAGGACGCCAAAAUACCUGCUGGUCACGGGUCAUGUCCUGCCAGCACUGGUGCCAGGGCCAAGUCAGCUGUACCAGGCAAAGCAGCAGAGGACAAGCUGGGCCGGUCAGGAUCAGCUGGAUCAGGGGAAGCCACUCACUCAGCAAAAAAUCCCUCAGAAGCAACCAAUGAUAUCCAUCUAGCAUCUGCAGUGCCUCACAGUAAGGCCUGUAAAGAGAACCUAUUGGACCGUGAAGCCCCACCUUUCGGCAUACCAAAAUCCAAGACGUUCCAGGUAACCACAGCAACGCGGGCUGCUGCCCCCGGACAUGGCUUCCCCCUCAUCAAGAGGAAGGUGCAGGCGGACCGUGUGUCUCCGGUGCAGGAGCUACAGGGGGAGAUGGGGGAGCUGGAGAAACAGAUGGUCAUCCUGGAGCUGAGAGGGUCGGAGCUGGAGGGCAGGCUGAGAGGCUGCAUCAGUGACCAGGAUGAGGAGGACAUGCUGGUGGACUGGUUCAGGCUCGUCCAGGACAAGCACAAGCUGGUGCGGAGAGAUGCUGAGCUGGUCUACCUGACGAAGCAAAAUUAUUUAGAAGAGAGGCAGGCCGAUGUGGAGUACGAACUUCGGUGUCUUCUCAACAAACCUGAGUCUGAGUGGAGUAAGGACGACCGCAACCAAGAGCAUCAGCUGAUGGAUGAGCUGGUGACCGUCAUCGAACAGAGGAAUCACAUCAUCAACAGCUUGGAGCAGGACAGGCAAAGAGAGAAAGAAGAAGAUCUUCUGUUGGAUGCCAUGAUUAAGAGGAAAGAUUUUCAAAAAGAGGGAGAGAAAGAGAGGAAGAAGUCCAAAGUAAAGUUCAAGCCCUUGAAGGUUCUGAUGAUGCUCGGCCGCAAAGCAGAGGACUCCAAGACCAAGGACUCCCAGAAGAAGAGCUGACAGAAGGGCUUAUUUUAUCCAUAAUGGACCUGGAAAUUCUCAGAUUUAUUUUACAUAUUCUCAGAAUUUAUUUUGGCCUUUCUCGCAACCAAAGGGAUUCAGAAGUUGGCAAAUACCAUUGACGAAAAGGAGGUCCUGGCUUCAAACACUGACAAAUUUCCAUAUUACCGCUUAUGAGUAUUAAACUAACUUUUUAUAUCUAGAAUAUAUUUGGUCAGGUGACCAGAGCAGGUCUUAAUUAUUUCCUUUAUUGACAGACAUAAAAGGAAUGAUAGAGUUGAGUGUUAAUUAAAUGCUGGAUACAGUGGGAUA